AUGGAUACUAAUAGUGCACAAACUAAAACAAUCACUCAAGAUCAAAUAAUAAACCCUUGGAAUGUCAACGGAGCUGUUGUGGAUGGAAAACAGCAAGCAAUUGAUUAUGAUAAACUGAUUGAGCAAUUUGGUACGAAACGAAUAGAUAAAGAUCUACUUGAAAGAUUUGAAACUUUGACUGGAAAAAAAUGUCAUAUAUUUUUAAGGAGAGGAGUGUUUUUUUCUCAUAGAGAACUUGGUAUGAUUUUGGAUCGUUAUGAAAAAAAGAAACCAUUUUUUCUUUAUACAGGCCGUGGUCCAAGUAGUACUUCUAUGCAUCUUGGACACAUGGUUCCAUUUAUUUUUUGUCAGUGGUUGCAAGAGGUUUUUGAUGUACCAAUUGUUAUUCAACUAACUGAUGAUGAAAAAUUUCUGUUCAAGCCAGACCUUACUCUGGAAAAGGCUAAUCAGUUUGCACGUGAAAAUGCUAAAGAUAUCAUUGCUUGUGGUUUUAAACUUGAAAAAACUUAUAUUUUUUCAAAUCUUGAUUCAGUUAGUAAAGCAUUUUAUCAUAACAUUGUAAGAAUUUCAAAGUGUAUCACAACAAGUCAAUCAAAAUCAACAUUUGGUUUUAACGAUAGUGAUUGCAUCGGUAAAAUUCAUUUUGUCGCAGUCCAAGCAGCACCAUCAUUUUCUAAUACUUUUCCUCAAAUAUUUGGUACCAAAAGUGACAUUCCUUGUUUGAUCCCUUGUGCGAUUGAUCAGGAUCCAUAUUUUCGUUUAACACGGGAUGUUGCUCAUAAACUUAAGUAUCCAAAACCAAGUUUAAUACAUGCUAAAUUUUUUCCUGCUCUACAGGGAUCACAAACAAAAAUGAGUGCUUCUGACAAUAACUCGGCAAUAUUUAUGACAGAUACUCCAAACCAAAUUAAGUCAAAGAUCAAUAAAUGUGCAUUUUCUGGUGGUGGUGAUACCUUAGAACUUCAUAAACUUCAUGGCGGUAAUCCUGAUAUAGAUGUUGCAUAUCAAUAUUUGUGCGUAUUCUUGGAUGAUGAUGAAGAGCUAAAUAAUAUUUACAAGAAUUACAAAUCUGGUGAAUUGUUGACUGGCCAGUUAAAAGCACGAUGUAUUCAAGUAUUACAAAAAUUUGUCGGUGAUUUCCAGAAGCGUAAAUCAGAAAUUAAUGAUGAAUCAUUAAACGAAUUCAUGGAUUCCAAUAGAAAAAUUCACGUGUAA